GGAAAAGCACCAGAGCAAGCGCAGACAGCCACCAGUGCCUGUGGUACGUAGCAUCCCCCAGCGCGAAGCCAUCGACUUAGCUUACACCACCACCAGCUUCCAAGGCCCAACACUCACGUCAGGAACUUUGCCGCCACUAGGAGCACGACCCUGAUGAGUGGCGAGACGCGGAAGCCCAACCACGGGUAGCGUUAGGGGGAGGACGACUAGGGACCGCGGGAAAGCCUGAAACGACAGAGCAGGGAGGCGCAGGAGCGACUGGAAAGGAAGGGACGGCAGACCCAGGGAGUGAGGCGAAACAAAAGCUUAGGAGCGGGGAAGUCACCGGCAUGCAGAGUGCGUGCUGCCACGAACCCAACCGCGCCUCCUGGGCACCCCACGCGGAGAGCCGCCAGCUGUAGCAACUACGGUCCCAGCUAGAAAGCAAUGCUCGCAGCACUCCUUCGCCCCUGCAGCCGCCACCACCUGCUGCCCGUCGAUCCGCCAGCGCUGCCGCUGUCCGCGAAGUCCCCCCGCCCGCUGCUGCUGCUGUCCGUGCAGGCAGUGCAACCGGCGGGGCAGCCCAACGCAAGCAUGAAGAAACCGCUUCGCUCCCACCCCCGGCGGGCUGCUGCACCCGCGACAGCCGCGAGCAAGCUCAGGGUACUACGGCCCACUCGCUCCACCCCGCUGAAAGUCACCGCGGCGUCAGCAACAGCGGGUAGCGGAGGAAAGACGAGGGCGGGGAAGACGAGGGCGGGGAAAACUCCCGCCAAGACACCCAGGACUCCGGCGCCCAAGACACCAACCAAGUCGACCCCAGCCAAAGCGACCCCAGCCAAGUCGACCCCAGCCAAGUCGACCCCAGCCAAAGCGACCCCAGCCAAAGUGACCCCAGCCAAAGCGACCCCAGCCAAAGCGACCCCAGCCAAAGCGACCCCAGCCAAAGCGACCCCAGCGAAGACGCCCUUCACCAGAAGGUCCACGGAUCGUCGGCAGGCCGCGCUGGCCAAUGGCGCUUCGGAGCCUCGGAAACGAUCGAGGGGCGAGGCGGAGGCAGAGGAGGGCGAGGAGGAGGGGGAGGUGGCAGAGGUAGCGAUGGAGGUGGUAGAGGUAGCAGCGAUGGAGGUGGGCGAAAGUGGUGGGCGGCGGAGGAGCCUCCGCCCCCACAAGUCUCCAGCCUUCUACCAGGUGCCCGAGUGGCGGUCGCCUGCAGUGCGCAGGGCUGGCAGAUCCGAUGAAGAGCUCGGGGACUCGUCGGACGAGGCGGAUGACGAGGAGGAUGAGGAAGUGGAAGGGCAGGAGGAGCAGGGGAAUGCGGAGGAGGUGGAGGGGGAGAAACUGGGCAAAGGACGGAAGCUGGCGGGUGGUAGAGGGGGGGGAGUUGCAGGCAAGAUGGUGAGGGCCAGGGGAGUGAAGGUCAAGGCGGUGAGAGCAGGGAAACCAGCAAAAGCAGCAAAGGCGGGAAGGGCUGCGGCGAGGAAGUUUUUGGGGCGGGGGAAGAUGAAGCUGAUGGAUGUGUCCCAGGCCCGCCUCGCUGCAUUGGACAAUGUGGAUGACGCCAUGGCCCACGCUCACCCGUCGUCCAUUGACGCCUCCUGCUGCACGCGCUGCGCCAGCCGCGAGGCCUUCCGCGCCGUGCGCACGCGCAACGCCGCCCUGCUGGCCGCCGUGCUGAGGCGCUCUGCACGCACGCGCGUGGCGGACCCGCACCUGGAGUGGUCCCCGGAGUGCCACGUUGACCCCCUACGCGCAGCGCUGCUGGCGGGGGAGGUGCGGCUGGCGCGCAUGCUGCUGCUGGACCGCGAUCUGCAGGAGGCCAACGGGCUGCUGGGGCAAUGCGCAGUGGGGGAGGGGGGAGAGGGCGGGGGGUUGAGUGAUGAUGAGGAUGAGGGCCUGGGGGAGGGUGGUGAGGGGUCGGGGGAGGCUGGGGAAGGCGGGGGGUUGGGGCGGGAGGAGAACGUGGAGGGAGGUGCAACGGAUAUGGAGGCAGAGGAGGAGGAGGAGGAGGAGGCGGAAGAGGAGGAGGAGGAGGCGCAGAGGGGCACGAGGCGCAGGAAGCAAGGCAAGGGGGGGAAGGGGAAAGGGAAGGGGAAGGGCGGCAAGGGGAGUGAUGGUGGUGACAAGGGCCAAGGGAAGGGCGUGGGACGAUCGCAGGCCGCGUCGGGUGCACAGGACGUGGUAGCGGGGCAGGCGACGACGCGCAAGGGGAUGAAGGAACAGGCGAGCAAGAAGCACCAGGCCAAGGAGAAGGCACAGGCGGAGGAGGAGGAGAGCAGCCGUGUGGUGAGUGCGCGUGCUCGUCUGCCCGUGAGCUCCCUGGCUGGAAUCAGCACGGGCAGCAAGUCCUUCUACAUGCUUGGCACGGCCACGCGCCAGCUGGAGGCCAGCCGCGGCGGCAAGGAGGGCAACAACGCCUUCCUGCAGGACCCCCAGCCGCGUGCCGACUCCUUCCGCACCUAUUUCUCAUUCGCUGCGCAGCGCUGCUCCGUGGCGGCGCUGCAGAUGAUGGCAGCCACGCCCGACCCUGCCGCACCCGCGUACCUGAAGCCGCGCGACCCCGCCCACCCUGUGCCCUCGCGCCUCGCGCAGUGCCUUGAGCUCGCAGGGGGCGGCUUGGUGUACGAGGCGGCAGAGGCGGGGAACCUCCCCGCGGCGGCGCACCUCCUGCGCCUCUGCCGCGGCGCCGAUGGCAGCGGCGAUUCGAGCUACGGCUUUAACUCGGUGCACGAGCUGGCAGUGGGGCCGGCGGACGGCAGGCUGGGUGUGGAGGUGCGGGCGGGGUCGGUGCUGAAGCAGUCGGGGUAUGGCAACCAGCAGGUGACCCCCGUGCACCUGGCGGCCCUGCAGCCCGACGCAAGGCUGCUGCAGCAGCUGGUGGCGCGCGCGGGGCCGCUGGCGCUGCACGUGGCGGACGGCAAGGGGCGCAAGCCGAUCCACUUUGCGGCGGUGGCAGGGGGCAGUGCGGCGUGUCUGGAGUGGCUGCUGAAGCAGGGGGUGAGCGCAGAGGAGAAGGACCGCCAGGGCCACACGCCCCUGCGCCGCGCAUUGGCGUUUGGGCGCCCGCACGCCGCCCGCCUGCUGCUGCCAAAGGAGGCUGCAGGGGACACCAACGGCACGGCGGAGGAGGGAGAAGCUGACGGGACAGUGGCAGGGGCUCGAGUGAGUUUGGUGGACCUGGUGCUCAACACUCCGUUGGACAAGCGCACGCCACAGACGCUGCUUCACGUGACGGCGUGGGAGUGCCUCUACAUGAAGCCCAACGUGGCUGCUGAGGUCUUGGAGCUCCUCAUCCGUGCGGGCGGUGACCCCCUCUUGCCUUCCAAGGACAAAAAGCUCACUGUGCUGCACAUUCUCUCUGCGCUCGGGCUGGACGCGGCGGUGGAGAGGGUUCUCUCGCUGGUGGCAGGGGGGAGCGACGGGGAGGCACGGGUGGUGAAGCUGCUGCUGAUGCCGGAUAAACUGAAGCGCAACGCGCUCGUCUUGGCGGCGCGCAACUCCCAGUUCGCGGUGCUGCGGGCGCUGCUCCGGCGCGGGGUGCCCCCUGACAGCGCCGAUUCGAGCGGCAACACUGCGCUGCACUAUGUGUGCGCGUACGGCUGCAAGGGCGCCGUGGACCUGCUGCUGGCGGCGGGCGCGGAUCGCAGCCAGGUGAACAUGUGGAAGCUCUCGGGCCUCUUCCUUGCCGUGCUCAAAGGCCACAUGGCCAUCGCCACUGCGCUGCUCUCCUCUGCUGCACCGCCUGCAUCCCUGCCAGCGCUCCCAGAGGCAGGUGAGGAAGGUGGUGCAAUGGCUUCCUCCUCCUCCUCCGGUGCUGGUAGUGGCAGUGUGAACGCGGUGGACUGCGACGGCAAGUCCCUGCUCCACCACGCCGUCACGCUCAAGCAGGCCGACCCUCACCUGUGCCUCUCGCAGGUCACCUUCCUCGUGUCUCACGCCAUCUCAGCUGCCGUGAAGGACGCCCGGGAGGGCCAGACUGCUCUGCAUGUCUUUGCCUCGCUGCGCCCAGCCGCCUGCCGCCUUGACCCCCGCAUCGCCGCCGCCAUUCUCUCGGCGCCCGGCGCUGACGUGGACGCGGUGGACGGCGAGGGCCGCACGGCGCUGCAGCUGGCGGCUGAGCGGCUCAACGUGAACGUGCUGAGGGCGCUCCUGCGAAGCCCCACAUGCAGGGCCGCUCUCACGCACCGCGAUCGCCUGGGGGUGACGCCGCUGCUGGCGGUGCUCCGAUGCGCGCCCCCUCACUUCACUGCCAACGAUGCCCCUAACAAGUACCGCAGCUGGUGGGGCGGGCAGCCGGUGGAGCAAGUGGACAAGGAGGUGCAGAGCACGCUGGACAGCUACUAUCGCAGGUGGGCAGCGUUCUGCCGCCGCCAGAGGAGCGCCAUGGCACUGCUGCUGCGAGCUGCGGUUGAGCGCUCAGCGGCGGCGGAGGGAGCGGGGGGGUGCGAGUGGGGGUGGGUGAACGCUCAGACGAAGGAGGAAGGCGACUCCGCAUUGCACCUGGCACUGCGCUCUUGCGAGCCUGCAGUGCUCCUGCGGCUGCUGCUGCAGGCAGACGUCCGGCCGCAUUUGGCCUUGAACCUGCGCAACAAAGCCGGCAUGACGCCUCUCGCAGCCGCUGUGUCUCGCACCCUCCUGAACCCCCACAGCGGAGCUGAGCUCUACACCAAGCAGGCGCGUAGGGUAAGGGACUCAGAGCACCCCACGCUCAAAGCCUCCAACCCCUUCCGCCGUACCGCCCAGGUUGGCGGAGGGGCUGGGGAAGGGGUUGGGGGAGAAGGUAGCGGUGCAAGCAGCCCCGUGGGGCAGGCCAGGGACUCUGAGGCGGAGCGGAGGGAUUUCGUGGAAUGUGUGGAUGCGCUGCUGGGGGUGGGGGCUGACGUGCACGCGCAUGCAGUGGCGCACGUGCGCAGGGCCGUGCGGUACGCUGUGAGGAGCACGGAGGUGAAGGCAGCGCUGCGAGACAAGGCGUUGAGCAAGGCUCAGCGGGACAUGCAGGUGAAGGGGGUGCAGGGGCACGUGGUGUUGGUACAGGAGGGGGAGAGCGUGCAGGUGGAGAGGUCUCUGGUCUCUCUCCUCAUGGCCAGCACCAGCCUACCAGCAGCCGUGCGCGACCGCUGCAUUCGCCAGCUGCUGGCAGCGGGGGCGCCUGUGGACGGGGGGUGUGAGCAGGACGGGUCGGCGCUGCACGUGCUGGCGGUGGUGAUGGGGGCACGCGACCCACUGCCACUGCUGGAGCUGCUGGCCGCCGGGGAGCAGCGGCAGCAGGGGCCGGAGGGGAAGGAGGGGGUGGAGCAGCAGGGCGUGGAGGGGCAGCAGCACGCGUCGCUGGCACAGCUGGCAUGCAAGACGAACCAGGACGGUGACGUGGCAUUCCUCUCCAUCAUCGAACGAGCGCUGCAGCUGCGCCUUCCCCCCGCGCAACAAGUGGCGGCGCUCAGCCAUGGGCACGUGGAGGAGGGAGAGGGAGAAGAAGAGGGAGCGGGAGAGGGGGCAGGAGAAGGAGAAGGGGAAGAAGGGGAAGGAGGGGGAGCAGAGGAGGGAGGGAGUGGUGAAAGCAGUGGCACGCACUCUUCUGAUUCCUCCCCUUCUCCUUCCUCCCCCUCUCCUUCCUCCCCUUCUCCUUCCUCCGCUCCUCCUUCCUCUUCCACUUCCGACUCAGCUUCCUCCCAUCCUCCCCCAAAGAAGAAGGCGGCAAGGAAGUAUCAGCUGACCAGGGAGGCGUUCCUACAUUUCCUCGCUCGCUUUCUGCAAGUGUGUGAGCAGGACGUCAACAUAAGCAAGGCGCCCCCUCGCCUCAGAACCUGGGGCAACGUGGAUCCCUCAGUCAUGCCCACCUUAGCGGCCAGAGCACAGCGCCGCCUUGGCUUCACUGCGCUGCACUUGGCUGCACGGGCCGGCGAGGAUGCCCUGUGGCUGCUGUCCUGGCUGCUGAAGCAGGGCGGCGUGGACCCCCUGCGCUGCACGGCCAAGGGCUCCACGGCCCUCGCAUGCCACCUGCAGCAGCGUGCUGACAUCAACGUGGUGCGUGCACUCCUGUGGGAAAGCGGGGCACAGCAGCAGCAGCAGCAGCAGCAGCAGCAGCAGCAGCAGCAGCAGCAGCAGCAGGCCCGCGCGUGGGACAACAGGAAGCGCACGCCCCUCAUGUUUGCGGUGCAGGCGUCUGCACUGACAGCGGGCAGGGCGGGCAGCACCAGCGAGUCAUUCGAGGUGGAGAAGGCGCUGCUCGACGCAGGGGCUGACGUGGCAGCGCGGGACGAGGACGGGCGCAGCGUGGUGCACCUCGCGUUUGUGCGGCUGGGGGAGCGCCACGUGGCAGCAGUGGAGGGCGAGUCCCAUCCGGCUGCAGGGGAGGAGCCGAUCGAGCUGCUCAGCAUGCUCUGUGCGGCUGUCACUGCUGCCGUCACUGCUGCCGGCGCAACCGGCUCGGCAGCACGGUUGACAGGUGGAGGAGGAGGAGUGGCGGUGGCGGAGGUGAUCGACGCGCCGGACCGGUUCGGGCGCACCCCGUUGAUGUACGCGUGCGAGGCGGGCGCGCAGAUCUGCGCCAACUUCCUCGUGCGGCGAGGGGCGGCUCUGGCGAGGACGGAUGCGGACGACAACGGCGUGUUCCAGCUGGCGCUGAUUGGCGGGCAGCUGGCGGUGUGCAUCAACCUGCUGGACCACAGCGGCGUGGACAUCCACCUCCCCGCCACCAACCACCGCAGGUUCCCCGCCAAGCUGCUCGCGCGCAUCGCACGGGCGGAGCGGCGGAGAAGGACGGCCGGGGAGUGCCCUUGGAUCGUGGAUGGGGGGGGGCAAGGGGGGCAUUGGUGGAAUGAUGGGGAGAAGGAUGAGGGAAAUGGGCAAGAGGAGGAGGAAGAGGCGGAAGACGAGGUGAAGGAGGCGGACGGGGGGGAGAAGGCGGAGGAGGCAGAGGAGGCGGAGGAGGCAUGGGAGGAGUUGGAGGAGGGUGGAAGUGGGGAUGGCCAAGGUGGAGUGGGGGGGCAGGGGAAGGAGCACAAGGAGGGAGAUGGAGCAGGAAUGGGCGGGGGGGAUGUGACCCUGGAGGAUGCAAAGGGGGCGGAGGGAGGGAUGGGGAAUUCUGAGCAGGAGCAGCAAGAGCAAGCGCGCGCGCAGAUUGCGCGUGCCAAAGAUGCGUACAAGGCGUCGUCGUUCCGCGUGGUGCUGGACAAGGGGUGGAAUGGGCUGGCGUACCUCAUGCUGGACCGCGGGGUGGACCUCCUCACUGCCAUCCAUGAUUGCCUCGCCAGUGCCAACUUCGCCCUGCUGCUCACGCUGCUGCGCCGGGCCCCCCCCGCCUCACUGCGAGCGCAGCAGCCGGUGUCACGCCGAACGGUAUUCCACCAGCUCGCCCGUGCCAUAGAGGCAGCGCUGGGGGAACCCACGGGACCAGCAGCAGCGCCAGCAGCAGGAGCAGCGGGACCCUUUGGAACAUCGGAUGCGCAUGGGAUGGGACCGGCAGAUGAUCCGAUUCGCAUGCUGCUGGCUGCCACAGACGCCCUCGGGCAGACCCCCCUGCACCUCGCGUGUGCCGCCGCCCUCACUCCGCUCGUGGAGUGGUGUCUGCGCAGGGGCGACCCCACCCUCGUGAACGCAUGCGACGGUGUUCGGUCGGUGCCGCUGCACCGCGUGCUGCAGGUGGGGGGUGGCGAGCUGCUGGCGGAUGUGUACCGCCUGCUCAGCGCGGGCGCCGAUCCCAACGUGGGGCGCCAGGAGAAGCUUCCUCUUGACAUGAGCGCCAUUGCCACUGGCAGCGGUGAGGCGGGCGGCGACGGUGGCACUGUGCAGCAGACAGUGCAGGCGGCGCUACGUGCAGAUGUGCUGGGGGAGGCGCAGGCGCUGCAGAAGCUGUGCACGCUGCCGCCCAUAGUGGUGGCGGUGAGGCGGCGCCAGCACUGCCUGGCGGAGCUGCUGCUUCGCUUCGGAGCCAACCCCAACCGCUGGGAUGCGAGCGGCCAGACGGUGCUCACGCAGGCUGUGCGGUGCAACGACCUGCGCAUGGCUACAGUGCUCCUGGGCGGCAAGUGGACCGCCCCACUAUCCCGGGACGAGGAGGCUGCCAGCUCAGCACUGAGCAAGCUGGCGGUGCCACGUGGCAUUGCUGUGCAGAUGAGCCACGUGGGUGUGGAUCUGAACCUGGCCCCACCCCCGUAUGCUCGCUCCGCAUACCACUCAGCUGUGGCGACCUUUGGGCCGUGCGAGGCAUCCUAUGAGAACGCACACCUGCUGCGCCUGCUGCACCGCCUGGCAGUGCAGGGGGGGGAAUCGGGGGAUGCGCCCUCGAGACAUGUGGCAUUCCGGUGGGCAACGAGGGAUGGCCGGGGGCACACGGUGCUGUACGACGCUGGAGCUCAGUCAUCAGGUGUCAUGCUGGGCGCCAUCAGAGAGCUGAUGAAAGGAGGCGAUACGGCAGGUGUGACAGGCACUGCCGUGACUACUGAUGGCGGUGUGCUGGAGGUAUUUGAUGCAGAAAUAGCAGCAGGGCGGGAGGGCGCCCAGAAAGCAGCGGAGGCAGGGGAGCGUUGGCUGGCAGAGGGGAGUGCAGGCGUGCGAGAAGGACGUGCGGUGGACGUGGUGGCGGAUGCCAAGGCGAUGCGGGCGGAGUGGGACAAAAAGCUGGAGGCGGCAGCGCAGGCGUGCGGCGCGGAGGUGGACGAGCACGCGGGCGACUUCCGUGCAACGUGCGGCGUGCUUGGGGACUACUCGGUGCUCAUGACGCGCACUGACGUGGAGUACGGGCGCUACGGCUUCCACAACUUCUACAAGAUGCAGCUGCUGCAUAAUGCGGCGCAGGACCUCUACAUCCUCUUCAACCGAUGGGGCCGUGUGGGUGACGAGGGCGAGCACCAGCAGACCCCCAUGGGCUCGCGGGAAGAGGCAGUGAAGGAGUUUGAAAAGAUCUUCAAGGCCAAGUCCGGGAAUGACUGGCAGAGCCGUGGGGAUUUCCAGCCAAAGCCGGGGAAAUACACACCCGUGCGGGCCCGGCCAGCGGGGAAGAAGAAGGCAGGGGAGGGCGAAGGCAACGGCGAAGGCGAGGGGAGGAAGAUCCCCAAGGGCCAUGUGGACGAGGAGGUCGAGCUGGUGCUGCCUCUGGCGCAGCUGAUUGCCAUGGAGAGUGGCUUGGGAAGGAGAGGAGGAGGACGAGGAGAGGGAGUGCAAGGGGAAGGGGUUGCUGCUGCUGCUGCACCUGCUCUUCCUGCUCCUGAUGCUGCGCUGCCUGACGCUACUAAUGGUGAUAAUGCUAUGCAUGCUGCUGCGGCUGCUCCUGCUGCUUCUGCCACUGCUGCAGUUCCUGCUGCCGCUGCUGAAGCAUCUGCAGCUGCAGAGCCCAGCCGGCUCCCCAAGGCUCUCCAGAGUUUCAUCCGAGUCAUCUGCGACGUCUCGGCGCUGCGAGCGCAGGCGCGCCGCCUGGGCGCUGUGGACGCGUACCUGGCGUUUGGGGAGCUGACGGACGACGCGCUGCAGGGAGGACAGACGGUCCUGGCGAAGGUGGGUGCUCUGGUCCCCCAGUAUGAGGCGGUGGGGAAGAAGAUCGACCAGCUGGUGGCGGAGCAGCAGCGGCUGAUGUACGAGGCGGAGGAGGAGGAGGAGGAGGGGAAGGGGGGGGAAGGGGGGGAGAAGGAAGAGGAGGAGCAUGGGGCACUGGAGGAUGGAGAUGAGGCGACGAAUGUGGAUGGGGCGGCGAAGAAGCGACGGAAGAGACGCCGGGUGUGUGAGAGCGAGGAUGGUGAGGGCGAGGAUGGUGAGAGGCAGGGAGUGGGUGGAGAGAAGGAAGGGGGGGACGGGGCGAUGGGGUUGGAGGGAAGCAAGGGCGGUGAAGGGGGGGGAGGUGAGGGACAGGGGGGCGAGAAUGAGACUGCCCUCGUGGCAAGGGUCAGCACGAGCGAGGGCAGCAACAGCAGGCAGUCAGCCCGAGAGCGGGUGGCAGAGGAGAUAAAGGCGGCGCAGGAGGUGCGGAGGGGCCUCAGCGAGCAGCUGGUGCAGCGGAGCAACGAAUUCUACCAGCUCGUGCCGUCCACGCAGCACACGCGCAGCCGCAUUCAGUGCAUCCGCUCCCGGGAGGACUUGCUGGCGCUGCAGGCGCUGCUCUCCAGCCUCGGGGAGCUCCAGCUGGCGCUCAAGAUGCUCAUCGGCGCACGGCGCCAGCUGGCGGAGGCGGCGGCCAGGCGGCGGGCCGCCAUCCACCCGCUGGACUACUGCUACUUGGGGCUGGGGGCGGCGAUGCGGCGCCUCGACCCGCGCACCCAGCACCACCGCGUGCUGUCGCGCUACGUGCACCGGUCGGCUUCGAGGGCGGAGAUUGAGGUGUAUGACGUGUUUGCGGUGUGCAGGGAGGGCGAGAGGGAGCGGUUCGACGCACUCCCCUCGGCCGUGCGCGCGCACCGGCAGCUGCUGUUCCACGGCUCCUCCGUGGCCAACUUCUGCGGGCUGCUCAGCGGCGGGCUGCGCGUCGCACCUCCUGAAGCGGACGUGUCGGGCUAUGCCUUUGGGAAGGGCAUCUACUUUGCGGAUCAGUUCCAAAAAUCCCUGGGGUACUGUGAUACGGCCACGCAGCACCAUGGGCACUGGAGGAGCCAUACUUACGAGGAGGAGGAAGAGGAGGAGGAAGAGGAGGAGGGGGUUGGGAGAGGACACGUCAUGAAGCAGACGCGCUGCCUGCUGCUGUGUGAGGUGGCCCUUGGGCAGUCACAGGCCGUCUCACAGGCCACGUACAUGGAGGAGGCUCUGCCGGGCUCGCACUCCACAUUUGCCAUCGGCAGAACCACCCCCGACCUCGCUCACUGCCUGUGGACCCCUGACGGCUGCUGCAUCCCUGCCGGCCCCAUCAUCUCUCGCAAGGAGCUGGAGGCGCACAAAGCAUCGAGGCCAGAGGAGUAUGGCCGUGUGUGCCAGUACAUCACUCCGCCAGCCAAGGGCGGCCAGCCGUGUGUGGAGAGGAACGAGUAUGUGGUGUAUAGCGAGGCGCAGGUGCAGAUGCGCUACCUGCUGUGUGUGGGGCCUCCGAGGAGCAGGAAGAGGAGGGGGAGGAAGGGCAAGUAGGUGUUGGGAGAAGGGAUGGAGAGUCUUGGGAGCCUUUGGAUUGUGCUCUGGUUGAAACCUUAUUUAUUUAUCUGGGCUUUUAAAACCCCACGGCAAAAUAGCAGAGGGGUAAUCAUUUGCGGGCAGGGCAGGGGCGAAGAGUUAGGGAAGACCAAACCGACACAAAAAAAAAUACUUUUUGUGUACAGUGAGUGCCAUGCGACGAGACGAGUUGUAGAAAAACGCCGAGUGAAACCAAAGCAGGC